GUCGCAACGAUUCGGACUUAGGUGGUAAAUAUGGCUCGUUUGGCAGAUGUCAGCUGGAAGGUUUUGGAGUUCAGGGCCAGAUCAAAACGUUCAGUUUAGAGGAAAGGGAUUUAUGCUAUUCCGAAUUUAAUGAAAAUGGCAAACUGUGAAGAUGAAAGGCCCUACUCAGCACGUAAUCUGUCAAACUUUGGCUCAGUGUAUGAACCUUUGAAAAGCAUUAAUCUACCAAGGGCAAAUGGCGAAAGCCUCUGGGAUAAACUAGACAGAUACUACAGUGCAGUUAAAUCAACUGUGCUCAACUACCAAAGUGCUACCACUGGCCUUUUCCCCAUCAAAACUUAUUCUGACUGUAAAGAAGCAAAAGUCAGAGACAGUUUGUAUUGUGCUGCCAGUUCCUGGGCCUUGGCACUUGCUUACAGGCGCAUUGAUGACGAUAAAGGAAGGACACAUGAACUGGAACACUGCGCUAUUAAAUGUAUGAGAGGAAUUCUCUACUGUUACAUGCGCCAAGCUGAUAAGGUAGAACAGUUUAAGCAAGAUCCAAGUCCUUUAAAAUGUCUGCAUUCUGCCUUCAAUGUUCACACAGGAGAUGAAUUGCUAAACUAUGAUGCAUAUGGCCAUCUCCAGAUUGAUGCCUUAUCACUUUUCUUGCUUUAUCUGGUAGAAAUGAUUUCAUCUGGAUUGCAGAUUAUUUACAAUACAGAUGAGGUUUCUUAUAUACAAAAUCUUGUAUUCUGUUUGGAAAGAUCGUAUCGUGUUCCAGAUUUUGGAAUGUGGGAAAGAGGAAGCAAAUAUAACAAUGGAAGUACAGAGCUUCAUUCUAGCUCUGUAGGUUUGGCCAAAGCAGCCCUAGAAGCAAUAAAUGGGUUCAAUCUCUUUGGAAACCAGGGCUGCUCCUGGUCAGUUAUUUUUGUAGAUCUCGAUGCCCACAACAGAAACAGACAGACACUUUGUUCAUUGCUUCCAAGAGAAUCACGAUCACAUAAUACAGAUUCUUCUCUUUUAUCAUGUAUUGGAUAUCCUGCUUUUGCUGUAGAUGAUGAUGCACUGUACAAUCAGACUUUAGACAAAAUUGUUCGGAAGCUGAAGGGAAAAUAUGGAUUCAAACGAUUCCUUCGAGAUGGCUACAGAACUGCUCGGGAAGAUAAAAACAGGCGGUAUUACAAACCUGCUGAAAUUAAGCUAUUUGAUGGAAUCGAGUGUGAAUUUCCAUUGUUUUUUAUCUUCAUGAUUAUAGAUGGAGUUUUCCGUGGACAUUCAGAGCAAGUGAAGGAGUAUGAAGGAUUACUGGAUGCUGUUAUUUUUCGUUCAAGUGAAGGACAUGCUAUUAUACCAAAGUAUUAUUACGUCCCAGCUGACUUUGUAGAGGCAGAGCAGAAGAGUCAUGGGAGCCAAAAGCGCUUUCCAAGCAACACUGGCCGUGAUGGAAGGCUUUUCCUAUGGGGCCAAGCUCUCUAUAUCAUUGCAAAACUGUUGGUUGAAGGCCUUGUAAGUCCAAAAGACAUUGAUCCAGUUAGGCGCUACAUACCUCCAGAAGAUCAGCGAAAUGUGAGCAUGAGGUACUCCAAUCAGGGUCCCCUUGAAAAUGACGUUGUUAUUCAUGUGGCUCUUAUUGCAGAAAGUCAACGCUUACAGGUUUUUUUGAAUACUUAUGGUAUACAGACCCAGACACCUCAACAAGUUGAACCCAUACAAAUAUGGCCUCAGCAAGAGCUUGUUAAGGCAUAUCGUCAUCUUGCAAUAAAUCAAAAGCUUGGAUUGUCUGGACGACCAGAAAGACCUGUUGGCUGCAUUGGAACAUCUAAGAUUUAUAGAAUUCUUGGAAAGACAGUAGUCUGCUACCCAAUUGUCUUUGAUUUAAGUGACUUCUACAUGUCCCAAGAUGUCAUGUUGCUGAUUGAUGAUAUCAAGAAUGCAUUGCAGUUUAUCAAACAGUAUUGGAGAAUGCAUGGACGCCCUCUUUUUCUCGUUCUGAUUCGGGAAGAUAACAUAAGGGGCAGUCGGUUUAAUCCAAUUUUAGACAUGCUUGCUUCCUUCAAAAAGGGAAAUAUUGGAGGAGUCAAGGUUCAUGUUGACCGAUUACAGACCUUAAUAUCUGGAGCAAUUGUCGAACAACUGGAUUUUCUUCGCAUUAAUGAAACAGAGGAACUUCCAGAAUUUAAAAGUUUUGAAGAGCUGGAAAUGCCCAAGCACUCCAAAGUCAAACGACAAACAAGCACACCCAAUGCUUCUGACCUUGAGCAGCAGCCGGAAAUUAAUAUCAAUGACUGGAAACAAGCAUCCACACAUGAGAUACUUCAGAAGCUUAAUGAUUGUAACUGUCUUGCAAGUCAAGCACUUCUUGCUAGCAUACUGUUGAAAAGAGAAGGUCCUCAUUUCUUAACUAAAGAAGGCACUGUUUUGGAUCUCCUUGAGAGAAUUUAUAGAAGAGCAGGAACAAGAAAACUUUGGUCUGUCGUACGAGUAGCAGCCAGUCUGUUAGGUAAAGUAGUGGACAGCCUUGCACCUUCUAUUACUAAUGUUUUAGUACAGGGCAAGCAGGUUACCCUUGGUGCUUUUGGUCAUAAGGAGGAGGUAAUUUCUAAUCCUUUGUCUCCCGGAGUCAUUAAGGACAUAGUUUACAGCACGUGCUGCCCAUAUGAUGAGCGAGAAGCUGUCCUUCAACAAGAGCUUGUAAUUCAUAUUGGCUGGAUAAUCUCCAACACUCCAGAACUCUUUAGCGGCAUGCUAAAGAUUCGUAUUGGAUGGAUCAUCCAUGCAAUGAAACAUGAACUAAAAAUUAGAGCAGGAGAAAUGCCAGCCAAAGACCUGUACCAGCUGUCACCCAGUGAAGUAAAGCAGCUUCUCCUAGAUGUUCUACAGCCACAGCAGGCAGGAAGGUCCUGGUUAAAUAAACGCCAAAUAGAUGGAUCUCUCAACCGAACUCCCUUAGGUUUUUAUGACAGAAUUUGGCAAAUUUUAGAGAGGACUCCAGAUGGCAUCAUGGUAGCUGGCACUCAUCUCCCACAGCAACCUACUCUGUCAGACAUGACAAUGUAUGAGAUGAACUUUUCUCUGCUGGUUGAAGACAUGCUAAAGAACAUUGUCCAGCCAGAAUACAGACAGAUUAUUGUUGAGUUACUGAUGGUUGUAUCCAUUGUCCUGGAAAGAAACCCUGAACUGGAGUUUCAAAAUAAGGUGGACCUGGAUAAACUAGUUAAGGAGGCAUUUAAUGACUUUCAGAAGGACAGAAGCAGACUAGAUGGGAUAGAAAAAGGGGAUGAUAUGACUUCAUUAUACAAUACAGCUCCGCUGGGGAAAAGAGGAACUUCAAGCUAUUUGACAAAGGCAGUGAUGAAUGCUUUGCUUGAGGGCGAGAUCAAACCAAGUAAUGACGACCCAUGUACUGUCAGCUAAAUAAAACGUGCAUCUGAAGAUCUUUCAAUUGCAGGAAAACUCUGCAGGUGAAAUGUGUGAGAUGUAAUAUUGUAGAACUCUGAAGUGUUAAAGUAGCUUGAUCUUGGCUGUUUUGUCAGUAUGGAAAUUAUGUUAUUUAAAAAUGCUAAAAUGUUUUGUUUAAAACAGCUAGGGGUACUUGAUAGAAAACACUUGAAGAGCAAUUGAAUAAAUUAUAACUGUUUAGAACUGGAUAAUCUCAUUAACAUCUAUAUACUGAUUACUUCCUCAUGCCAAUCACAGAGUUAUAAUGAAAUAUGAAAACACAAAUAUAUAACCAGAUAAAAAUGAAAAUGUUUUAUUUUUUAUUUUCUCAUAUUUAUAGUCCAGAAUAAAAAAUCAUAUAUAAAGGCAGUUGUUUACAAUUUUUGCCCAUUAUUUGAAUAGCAAUUUUAACUCUAACAUUCUGUGGUUGAAAAGAAGUAGUCUUAUUCAUCAGUUUAUGCUUAUCAUGUUAUUGUUUCAGAACCAUGAACCAUAGUAUCACACUUUUUAAUCAUUUGAUGGUAUUGAACUUCUCCAAAUGUAGUUUCCAUGUGUUAAUUGUGCUUACACACAUGCUUUAUAUAUAUAUAUUUUUUUUUUUUUUUAUAAAAGCCUGUUUUUCAGUCACAAUUCCAUGCCACAGACUUUACUAUAAUUAUGAUAAAGGUAUAUUUUAAGCUUCUUGUGAAGUUCUUUGUGUUUAGUUGAUUAAAGGGUUUCCAGAGUCUAAUAUGCAAGCUUGAAGAUUUAUGAUAGUUUUUAAUGUUCCUGGAAAUAUAGAACAACCCUGAAAAAUAAGUAGUAGGCUUGAAGGUCUAUCAUAGUUAAUUGGCAUUAGCAUUACUUUUUGACAGAUUUGACCAGAUUUAGAACAUCUGAUGAAAAAGAGCACAUGAAUGAAAUCUUGACAGCUUAAAUAUCUCUAUAUACAGUCUGUUCUUCCGUAACAUCUGUUACCAGUGAAUGAUAAAACACGUCAGCAUUUCACUUGAAAAGCCUUUAUCCCAACAAAAGCAACUUACUGAAAUCAGAGACAUUUUCUGGAAAUUUACUUGUGUAUGAAUCAUUUGAAAAAUGUAAAAUAAAGUGGAUAAAUAAGGUUUUUGAAAACUACAUCAAAAUCAGAGUAUUUUGAGCAUUUACCUCUUUUUCAGAAUUAACCAUGUAAGUGUCAUGAUGAGUAUGAUCUUGUUCAUGUUCUUGUGAUUAAAAUUCAUCAGUGCUGACAGAAUUCUACAAGUUGAAAACAGUAACCUUAAAAUGAUUGUAGAUUUUCUAAAUGUAAAAGACAAUUGUAUGGAAUUAUUUAUUACAACUUUAUUGUCAGAUAUAGCCUCAUUGAUAAAGAAAGAAUGUAGGUUUACUGUAUCAGGUUUUUCCUUCUCUAGCAAGAUCAUUUUUAAAUCAUGUAUAUUGUUCUGUUAGGGUAGGAUCUUGUAUAAUGCCAUUGGUUUGGAAUAAAAAGAAUGUAUACUGGUUUGUGCAUAAAUAAACAUAUUCAGAACUUA